AUGGUGGAAGAGGAGUUGGCUGCUUCUGCCUCCCGUGACCUCGGUCCCUCAACGCUCCGGAGUGCAAUCAACAAUUCUUCUACUCCUUCAUUUCCUUCCUUGUUAUCUUCUUCUUCUUCUUCAUCAUCAUCAUCCUGCCCCGCAGAAGCUUGUCUUUUCUUUCAUUUCAGAGGCGUCAAGUUCAAGCUCUCAAUCCCGGAUUCACAUUUUCACUUGAUUGAGUCGCACCAAAAUGCUUUCCUUUCCGCCCAUUCUAUCAAGAAUGGCUGCUCCAGCGGGCUUGAAUUGGCGUUGGAGUUUCUGAAUUUCCUGCUCGCAUCUCAAACUCUCCCUCCGGAUGUCGCCUCUACGGUCUUACGAGCUUUUGAAACGGAAUUCCUCGGAUACGGGACCGAGAUACACUCCCUCAUUGCGGACCUGACUACUAGGUCAGAAGAUAGACAACAGUGGCUGGGAAUUUACUAUCGGUUCGUUGAGGCGAGUGGUCGAGAUAGUUCAGGGCAGCCUCUUACUGCCUUUUUCCAGCAUGUCAAAGCCAACGAGUUCCAGACAAUGGCUGUUUUUGGAGGCCAAGGGGAGUCAAGUCGAACGUGCGUUCGGGAAUUCGGCGAACUUUAUACUUCGUACAGACCAAUGUUGCGCCGACUCGUUCGAGUCAUUGGUUCUCGUCUUUAUGACCUCUCCACACAGGACGAGUUCAAUUCGUAUUAUGGAGGACAACAGCUGGAUCUCGAAGCCUGGAUCAGCGGUUCCGCAGCUGUUCCUGACACUGUCUUUAUCUCUUCAGCCCCGGUCAGUGCUCCAAUUAUUGGCGCACUCAGUCUUGCUCGAUACUGUGUUACAUGCCAUAUUGCGGGGUGUCAUCCAGGUGAAUUGAGAUACAUGUUGCACGCCACUACCGGGCAUUCGCAGGGUCUUCUAGCAGCUAUGGGUAUUGCAGCAUCAGGUUCCUGGGAUAACUUCUACCAAAAUGCCGAGCUAAUUGUGGAAGUCCUAUUCCGGCUUGGCUGGGAGUGUCACCAUGCCGCACCCCACAGUUUCGUCCCGGCUGCAAAGUAUGUCGAAGACGAUAAUGCAAAUACGCUAUCUUACAUGCUGAACGUACGUGGCCUUCGGAGAAAGGAGAUCGAGGCUGUAAUCAACCAUAUCAAUAUGGGCCUACCAGCAGACAAGGGCCUUUUCCUGGCCCUUGUUAAUACUUUUGAUCAAUUUGUUAUAGCCGGGCCAGUCGCCUCUUUGCUGUGUCUGGAAGGGCGCCUGAUGGAAAUCAAUAGCAAAGACAAAGACCAAAGCCGAAUUCCUUUUAGUGAUCGGAAACCAUGUGUCCAACAUGGGUUUCUUCCUGUCAGCACACCAUUUCACACCCCAUACCUUACUCGAGCUGCGACGCGCGUUAAGAAAUAUUUUUUGGAUCGUCCCAUAUAUUCACACCAAUUGGCGAUUCCUGUCUACCACACUCAAACUGGUCUGGACCUACGUCAACGAGAGGGAGAUGUACUAUCUAUUGCUAUAGAUGCUAUCGCGUCCGAGGAAUGCAAUUGGCCUUCUGCACUGGCAGGCAGUUUUGCAUCCCACAUUUUAACAUUCGAUCGAGGUGGUCUUGCACCAUUGGUAAAGCGAGUACGGGAUGGCUGGGGCGUCCGGGUGGUCCAGGCGAGUGAGCUGGAUGCGAGGGAUCCUGAAAUGGCAACCAUGCGCGACUUGUUCGCCUCGAGUCUUUUGGACUCGUCGACUAGACUGAAAAGUUGGGGCCAGCAGUUUCAACCACAAUUGAGGCCGGGAGGGAACGGCCAGCUUGAGACUCGCUUGAGUCAGGUACUGAGAGCGCCACCUAUCAUGGUUGCAGGAAUGACCCCUACGACGGUGCAUCCAGACUUCGUGGCUUCAAUAAUGAAUGCCGGAUAUCAUGCGGAACUUGCUGGAGGGGGGUACCAUACAGCACCUAAAAUGGAGGCGGCCAUUGAUAAGCUCGUUAACAAUAUCGAGCAAGGGCGUGGAGUUACCUGUAACCUCAUUUACGCUAACCCCCGAUCUAUGUCAUGGCAAAUUAACCUCUUGCGCCGCCUUUCACAAAAACGAGUUCCCAUAGAUGGAUUAACAAUAGGGGCGGGUGUUCCUUCACUUGACAUCGCAAGCUCCUACAUAGAGUCGCUAGGGUUACGUCAUAUCGGCUUUAAGCCAGGGUCUGCCGAUGCAAUACGGCAAGUAGUGGAAAUUGCCAGGAAGCACCCGUCUUUUCCGGUUAUACUACAAUGGACGGGGGGGCGAGGAGGAGGUCAUCAUUCAUUUGAAGACUUCCACGCCCCGAUUAUCGCGAUGUAUGGGCUGAUCCGACAACAGCCAAAUAUUUAUAUCGUUGCUGGAAGUGGCUUCGGAGAUAGCGAUAGUGUUUACCCUUACCUCAGCGGACGUUGGUCUACGGCAAUGGGGUACCCUGCUAUGCCGUUUGAUGGCAUAUUACUGGGAAGUCGCAUGAUGGUUGCAACGGAAGCUCAUACCUCACUUGCCGCCAGGAGGAUUAUUGCUUCAACACCAGGAGUCCCUGAUACUGAAUGGGAAAAGACAUACACCGGUCCAGCCGGAGGACUACUCAGUGUCAGAUCUGAAAUGGGCGAACCUAUCCAUAAAAUCGCGACCCGGGGAGUUCGUCUUUGGGCUGAAAUGGACAGGCUUGUCUUUAGUCUUUCUAAAAAAGAACGCCUAGAAUAUUUGGCCCGACAUCGCCACUCAAUUAUCCAAAGAUUGAACGCCGAUUUUGCAAAGCAGUGGUUCGGCCGUGGCUCUAAAGGCCAAGUUGUCGAGCUUGAAGAAAUGACAUAUCUUGAUGUUUUAACGCGCUUGGUUGGUCUAAUGCACAUUGCUCAAAGCAGGUGGAUUGAUGAAUCCUACAUUGAUCUUACAAUGACAAUCGCCAAACGUUGGCUGGAACGGCUGCGAUUUAUCCCGAUAUAUGUCUCAGGACUUGGUAUUGAUAAACUGAGACAAUCCCCGGAUAGAUUUCUGGAAUCGUUUGCCCAGGCCUGUCCAACGGCUGAAGAUGACCUGCUAAACCCUGAGGAUAUUUCAUUUUUCCUGAAGCAGUGUAAGCAGCCAGGGAGAAAGCCAGUUAAUUUUAUCCCAACUUUAGACGAGGACUUUGAGUUCUACUUUAAGAAAGACUCGCUAUGGCAGGCUGAAGAUAUUGAUGCUGUCGAGGGGCGCGACGCUCAGAGAGUAUGCAUAUUGCAUGGCCCUGUUGCAGCGCAGUAUUCUCGAUAUCCAAGUGAGCCUGCUGGAUACAUCCUAAACUCCAUAACCGAGGGAGUUGUUAGCAGACUACAUGAAGAUUCCAUGGCAGAGGAGUUGGUCCCUGACCUAGAGAGCGGGCUUGUUACGCCGGCCUCCUGGUCAAGCGUAUCAUCGAACGGAAAGGAGUUCAGUGAGGAAACAUCAAGCACAUCAAUAACCUCACUAUCAGACCCCUCUGAUGAUGCCUCCUUCUCAUCAGGGGGCGUUAACAUCACACAAAGACGUGUUUACCCCCCAUGGAUCCGAGCACUUCUCGGGAACAAUUUUCUUUUACAAGAGGGUGUACGGCAGAAAAACCUGUUCCAUUGGUGUAUGCAAGCCGUACCCAACGCCUCUAUAGGAUAUGACCCGGAUGCCUGCGAAUUAGUGGUGACCACUCAAGAGUCGCACCAGAUAGCCCCGUUGAUGAAGGCUGUCUGUCACAAUGGCGUUGAUAUUCUGAUCGAAAUCAAUCCACCGAAGGGGUCCGAACCACUGAGGUUGUUUUAUAAAUUCGAUGAAACCAAUACCUCUCUCCGACUAAGAGAGGCAAUGGAACGGCGCAACGAGCGCAUCAAAUCAUUCUACAACCACCUCUGGUUUGGAGAACAAGUUGGGUCCCAAAAGUCCUUGGAGGACACUUUCUAUGGGCCACAAAUUACAUUGACUCAAGAUAUGCUGGAUGAGUACACCGCGAUCAUAGGCCCAGCAUUCAUUGACGGCCGACAAAUGGUCAUGAGUACAGAUGUGCUACCAAUUAGUUUUGGUAUCAUUAUUACGUGGGAUGUUAUAUCCCAGCCAUUAACUCUGUUUCAGGUCGGUGGCGAUCUUCUUCGCCUGGUCCAUCGCUCGAACUCGUUUGAGUAUUGCUCUGAUGCAGCCCCUCUGCGACUGGGCGAAACUGUGACCUCCGAAUCAAGUGUCCGCGGGAUCUAUGACGACGACCCGGGAAGAGUAGUCGUUAUAGAGGGUCGGAUCCUACGGGGCGGCGUACCAGUCAUGUCUGUUACGUCGACAUUCCUUUUCCGUGGCUGCAAAGGGCACUGCAAUCCUGAAUGCCUAUUUUGGAAGGUCAAAGAGAAAGUAUGGAGGUACGAUAUCGUGUCAGAAAUGGAAGAGUCCAUACUCCUCAGUAGGGCAUGGUUCACGCGGCAUCAACCUGGUAUGAGCCUUGUAGGAAAGUCUGCUAUUUUUACUCUUGAGAGCAUAUCCAGGUACCAAGAUUCCGGCGUACUAGAUUUGCAUGUUACAGGAACGGUCACUAUCGAAACAAAUUGUGGCCAGACACAGGAGGUUGGAGCUGUGCAUUUCACGGGCAAAUGUACGGGAAACCCCGUGCUUGACUUCCUCGAACGGAGAGGAAAUCUGGCCCAAGUACACAGUGAACUCGACAACCCAGGCUGGGCGGGAAAAUCCUCCGUGGAGAUCCAGAUGCCUCGAAGCAAUCAACCGUACGCGCAGCUGUCCAAAGACUUCAACCCCAUUCAUACGUCCCCGAUAUUUGCCAGUCUAGCCGGGCUCCCUGGGACACUAUGCCAUGGGAUGUGUACAUCGGCCAUCGUGGACGCAGUAUUAGAGUACCUGGGGCUGCAGGGGAACCGAGAAAGGCUUCGUCGAUUCGAGGCUCGGUUUCUUGAAAUGGUUAUGCCCAAUGAGAAGCUCAUCGUGAAGGUUCAACAUGUCGGCAUGGUUGAGGGGCGGAUGCGCUUCAUGAUUCGUGCUUCCCGCAAGGGCGACGAGGAGCUAGUUCUCGAAGCUGAAGCCGAGGCCGAGCAGCCUAGAACUGCAUAUUUAUUUACUGGCCAAGGAAGCCAAAGUAAAGGAAUGGGCAUGGAUUUAUAUGAGGCAAGCACAGUUGCAAAGGCCGUGUGGGAUGAUAUUGAUCAACAACUGCAUGAUGCUUAUGGAUGGUCCAUUCUGGAUAUUGUUCGAAAUAAUCCCAAAUCUCUUACCAUCCACUUUGGAGGCAAGAACGGGCGCCGAAUCAGACAAAGGUAUCUAGAUAUCACGACAGAAGUUGUACUGGCAGAUGGUAGACAGAUUCAAAAACCUGUCUUUGCUGGGCUCACACAUACCUCAACUGCUUAUACAUUUACACACCCGAAGGGUCUUCUCUACUCGACGCAGUUUGCCCAACCCGCAAUUCUUUUAUUCGAAGCCGCCGCAUUUGCCGAACUACGCGCCAAGGGCUCUGUGUCACAAGGAGCCUUAUAUGCCGGGCACUCACUUGGGGAAUAUGGAGCCUUAUCUGCGUUGUCUCGUUCGAUACCCACGGGUGCCCUUGUUGAGCUCGCGUUUUAUCGAGGAUCAGUGAUGCAGGCAUCCGUAUCGCGCGACGAUCAAGGCGCGACAACUUACGGGAUGGUGGCGAUGAACCCCAAACGAGUGGGACAAGGCUUUUCACAAUCCACGCUCGGCUGCCUCGUUCGCCAAAUCGCCACUCAGAGUCAAGAAUUGCUCGAAAUCGUCAAUUUUAAUAUUGAGGGAGAGCAGUAUGUAUGCUCCGGAACAGUAGCGAACCUGUACGUUUUGGAAAAAUUGAUCGAUCAUAUCGCGGCCCGCCCCGACGAUGCUGCGGCAACACCAAGCCAGUAUGAAGCUGUUAUUGACUCUCUUAUUUCCGACGCAAGAAUACUUCCACGACCCAUCCAGCUUCAGCGCGGGAAGGCAACCAUUCCACUUGAAGGAAUCGAUGUCCCGUUCCACUCGAGCCAUUUACGGAAUACUGUUGAUAGAUUCCGGCAGUGUCUCCUGCGGCCAGGCUUCCUUGUGGAUAAUGUUGACGUGGAGCAGCUUGUAGGAAAGUAUAUCCCGAAUCUCAUGGCUCGACCAUUUUCGUUGGAGCGCGAGUACAUUCAGGAAGCAUUUGAGCUGACCCGGAGCCCGAUUCUUGGGGAGAUCCUUUCGGAGUCAUGA